CUUUUUCUUUUCAUUUUUGAACUCGCAUUGUUUCGGCCGUCUCUGCGUGCACAUCCACUUGAACAUGCCCAAGAGCAAGCGUAACAAAGUUGUCUCGCUAACUAAAGUCAAGAAGAAGGACCGGGCCUGGAAGGAAGGUUUACUAGAAAAGAUUCGACAAUGCUUGGACACAUACCCCACAGUAUAUCUUUUCAAGCACUACAACAUGCGCACCGAACGCUUUAAGCAGCUCCGAGAAGAGCUCCAAGACAGCAGCAGGUUCAUCUUGGGCUCCACAUCCCUGAUGCAGGUGGCCCUGGGCCGCACCGCGGCGGAUGAGUACAAGACGGGGCUGUCGCGGCUGUCCGAAUUGAUCAAGGGGACGGUGGGGCUGCUGUUUACAAAGCUGUCACAUGAGGAGGUCCAGGGUGCCAUUGAGAGCUACGUUUACGAGGACUAUGCGCGAGUGGGUGCUCGUGCGGCUCACGACUUCGCGCUGACGGCGGGACCACUGGGCGGACCCAUGGGUCCGUUGCCGCACACACUGGAGCCCCAGCUGCGCAAAUUUGGGUUGCCAACCAAGCUCAACAAGGGGGUGGUGGAGCUGCUGGCGGAUCAUACGGUAUGCCGUACCGGUCAGAAGCUAGACGCCAACCAGGCCGGCAUCCUGCGCGUCUUUGACAUCAAGAUGGCGGAGUGCAAGUUGAAACUCCUGGCAGUGUGGAGGAGCGGGGAGGGCGAGGGCGGCAGUGGCGGAGGCGUCGUAGAGGAGCUGUCGGAGGAUGAGGAGGAGUACGGCGGCGCUUCGGGCGGCGAGUUUGACGCCAUUGGCGAUGACCUGGCCAUGGGCAGUGGGGGCUUCAGUGAUGAGCCGGAGGGGCGAGAUGGGGAGGACGAUGCCUGAGAGUACCAACAGCAGUCCUAACAACAGUUCUAACAACAGUUCUACAGCAGUUCUAGCAGCAGUACCGACACCAGGAGCAGCACGGGAUAGGUACAGCGAUGAGGCAGCCUUGCUCGGCGGGGGAAGGGAUGG